GAUGAUUUACACAUGAAUGGGGAUGGAGGAGAAGAAUCACACUUGUGCUGGAUUUUUCUCCUGGAUGUUUUUUUGUAUACUUUUAUCUACAACAACGUCGUCAGUGCCCAGCAGCAUACACUGUGAGAUCCUGGAGCAUGCCAACAUCACCUGUUACUGGAGUGCUGUCAGUUUGGAUCAUACUAACUACACACUGUCAGUUAAUAAAACUAAUUGUGGGACUAAUUCCAUGAUCGUGGGCUCCUGUACUACAACAAACACUCAGUGCUCAGUGACAAUCGGAUCGUUGUCUCAUUGCUUCUGUGUGGAUGUGAUGGCACAGUCCUGCUCAAAAUCCACCAGAUCACCUCCCCACUGCUUUAAUGGGAUUGAUGCAGUUAAGCUGUACCCACCCGAGAUCAUAUCUCUUGCCACAGUUCCCGGGAAAACCCAGUGUCUAAGGCUGAAGUGGAUAGAUCACAUGUCUGAAAAUGUGCCAUCUGAGAGCAAUUUUCGAAACAUACAGAUAGAAUACAGCACUUCAUACCAGUCCCAGUCCUGGAAAAUGAAUGCCAGUCUUCACGAUUGGCAGAAAGAUCUAUGUGGCUUACAUCCAGGAACAAAGUACUCGGUCAGGGUUCGAGCUCAGGACACAAGAGCGGCACAGCACUGGAGCUCCUGGAGCACCAUCACACAGGCCACCACACCAGAAGCUGCCCCAACAGCUGCACCCGAAAUGUGGAGACACAUCCAGCCAGUGGGCACGAAUGCACAGAGGCUCAUCACCUUGCUUUGGAAGCCUCUCCUGUGGCCGGACACUAAUGGUGUGAUUCUGCACUACACUGCUUUAUGCUGGAAUAACCUGGACUCUGGACACUGGGACUGUGGUGAUAUAGAUUCCUCCAGCACUUCCUGUGUUUUUUCUGUGUCUGCUCAACCCUGUACCUGUAACCUGUCUGCAUCCAACUGUGCUGGGACUUCACCAGCUGCUUCAAUGUACAUACCUAGAGAACAAGAUACAGUGCUCCCAGCACCUGAAAGCAUCAGCAUCACCCCACUGGACGACUUCCAGCUGAACGUGGUAUGGAAAGUGGCAAUAGACCUAUCAGAGGCCAGCUUUGUAGUGGAAUGGUUUCUAAUACCCAACAACACAGCUUGCGCUUUGCACUGGAAAAUUCUAAAUGGCUCCACAAGAAACUUUAUUAUUACAGAUGGCUUACAACCUGAAGUCCCGUAUAAUGUUUCCGUCCGAGUUUUUCACAACAAUGCAGUUGGGGCUGCAAGAUUUGCCACUGCUUUUACUCGACAGGGAGUUCCCUCUGUUGGCCCAACGCUGGAAGUGCUUCAGACAGCAAGUGACUGUGUGACUCUGAAGUGGCGAGCUCUUCCUCUGGAGAUACUGAGGGGAUUCAUCCAAAACUACAUCGUUUUAUAUCAAAUCUCUGGCAAAAUGAAAUCUCAAGUGUUAGGAAGAAAUGUUGAGCAGUUUUCCCUGACUGAUCUUUCUCCGGGGGAGUACAGCUUCUGUGUGACGGCCAACACGGUGGCAGGGGACGCUGCAGGCCCGUGGGUCACUGUGGUUGUGUGGAGUGAUAACAUACCAGUGAUGGCCAUAGUCUUGUGCGCUGUAGGAUUUCUGCUGAUUGUAGUAAUCUUGCUAAGCCAGGCUGUGAGGAUUCAGCAAAGUCUCUGUCCAGCCAUCCCUGACCCCUCCAAGAGCAACCUGUCCUCCUGGCCAUCUAUUUCUUCACGUCAGCUUCCAGUCUUGGACUUCAAACCUUCUCCUCCUCCUCUUCUUAAGCCCAUUUUUGUAGGGCGAUUACCUGGCACUUGUGAUUACCACCAUCAUGAGGAGAGUCAAGUCUGGGCUUUCAGCAAAUAUAUUAACUUCUAUACUCCAGUUAUGGCCAAUACAGACAAACGAACAUCUGAACCAACAUUUAGUAAACUGGAUGAUGAAGAAAUGACUGAAGAUCUAACCACUGACUUUAGUCACCAGAACAGCAUCAUGACAAAACUACAGAGCAGCAUCCAACCUGACUCAUCUUCUAGUUUUUCAGCAGUUCCUGAUUCCUACCUUGACAUAGACAUGGUGGACACAGGUUUAUGUGAAAGAAACUUUGAGAUAUGUCAAGAGACCAAUACAUUUUCUAGUCCACCACUUUCCACAUCCUGUGGUAGAGUGGACACACUGGACAAUGAUCAUCUUCAUAAAAAGAACAUUAUGUCCAGGUUAAAAUCGUGUUGUUACACUCAUGUAUCUACCAGUUGUCUUCCAGUCACUGAGUCAUAUCAUGAUCUUUGUACACUUAAUCAAAAUUUCUGUAAUCCUUUACCUAAAAGUAGUCUUUCAGAAACCCAUCUAUCCUCUAGUUACCAUCCAGUCUCUGAGCCUUCACUGGAGUGUGAUGGUUAUAUAACAGUGGACGCAGCUGACUUUCUUCAUCAAAGUAUGUCGAAAACCGGGGCCUGUGGCUACAUUCAUCUGUCGACUAGUUAUCUACCAGUUCCUCUGUCCAAUUCAGAUUCUGCAUUAAAGGAAACAGACUCAAGUACAUUUCUUUAUAAAAACAGUUUAAAGUCCUGCUGCUUCAACUAUGCUCAGACUCUUGACUCACACUCUUCACUUGAUUUUGAAAUAGACGAUGUUUAUAGGACUUUAGAGCCAGAUGAGUGUCCAUUACAGAAACACAAUACAGAAGACUCAGCAGACCUGCUAAGAUCAUGAAUGUCAAUCAAUGCAUUAAAAUGUAAAGAUUCCGAGCUUGUGAGUUGAAAUCUCUGAUGCCAUCAAUCUUACCAAGCAUCCAAUAGACACAGCUGGCUGUAUCUGAAGAAGCGAGGAUGAUGGGGUUUCGUUCAUGUUGCACAAAUAUAACUUCUGCUGUCUGGUUGAGCCUGAACAAGUGGUGGAUGAUUCACAGAAUAGAAUAGCGUGAGUCUCCAUACGCAAUAUGGAUCUCUGUAAGAUUCCAUUGCUGAGAGGUUCAGCUUUAAAUCUUAGGAACGUGAAAUCUAAAGGCAUUAAAAUGUAUUCAUUUUACACCUUCCAAACUUUGAUUUGGCUCUAAACUCUGGGUCAGUAUCUUCCCUCCCAGCUUUUUAUCUGUGUGAAAUAAUGAGAAACAUUAAACACUUUUACACAGAUUUAGACUUUUAACAAAUUGAGAGAGUUUGUAUGGCAAGGCUAGUUAAUUUCUUUUAUAAAUUUUAGUAAAUGCUUGGAAGGUUGUGGCGUUGUUUUUUUUUUUCAAUAAGUAUACUUAAAAUGUGCAAUCUAAAUGAAAAUUAUAAAUAGUUUAAACAAGAAGGUGCUGUAGAUUUUAUUAAGUGUAGCGGAUGAUUAGGCAUUGCAUGUUUUGACAUGUUUUUUUUAUUUUACAUUCCAAGAAUGCAUGUUUUUAUAUCAUCAGCAGCUGAUUUGUAUGUUAAGUUUCGCAUGUUUUAGCCAGUCAUCAUUUUGUUUUUUUAAUGCACAAUCAAAAUCGAGACCUCAUGUUUUGUUGACUCAUUUAUGGCCAUGCAGUACAAUGUUUGUUUUGUGUGUCUUGUGUAACUGUUCAUGACAAAGCCAACAUAUUUAUGAAUGAAGAAAAAAAACUCUACAACUGUGAUAAAACUGUGAGUUUGGUCUUGUUUCAGUAAAGAAUCUAAU